AUGAGCAAUGGACGGGAGUUGCGGAAAGGAGUGAUGUCGAAGACAUUAGAUUAUCUGAAGCGUUUUAUCGGAGUAACCGUUGCGGGUGGUGGAGAGGAGGAAUUGAUCAAGUGUCUUGCACCUUCUUAUAGUGGUGCAUUUGAAUCGGAUGGUACUCAACCGCGUCAUGACGGUCUUAAUAGGGCUGGUAAUAUUUGGAUACCGACUAAUAAUUACUGCUUGUUCGAGGAUUGGCUGAUGCCAAUUGUUUUGGUGGGCACCCUCGACGUUAAUCGCUGA